UAUAAAAAUAAAUGUCAUGUGGCAACACUGCUUUAGAAUUCGUUCAGAAAUAAUGGAUGAGGCUUCUUUUGUUUACCUAAUGUAUUGUCACGUUCCUUAUUAACACAUGAUCUAUUUAUAUCUCUAAUAUUCCAUAAUUAAUAAACGCGUGAUAAAGUUAACAAUAUUAAACAGUAAAACUCAAUAGUCAUCACGUAUUUUGUUUGGACAAUGUUUACGUCGCGUUCAUAAUCCGCGUAUCGAGCAAGUGCUGUCAGCUGUGCUGCGACCGACAGGGCGAACUGUCAGAUGGUGAAUAGCAAAGGAGCGGUAGUGAGAUUAUUUUUAAUAAAUAUGUCUUUUUAUUUGCAAUUUCACACUCAUAGAUAAUCUUCGCGCAUAGCUUUAAGCUUUAGCGUGUUUAGUUAGGUAGUGAUAGUAAAAGCGGCCGCAACAUGAGUUCGAGGGACCGGGACACUAAAUCGCUGCAGGACAAGUUGAAAGUGUUCUUCAAGAAGGGCGCUUCGGCGCCGCUGCCGGCGGUGAACGAGCUGGUGGUGACUGCGGAGCUCGAGCGGGAGCUGCGGUCGGAUGGGGCGCCCGCGCGGCGGCUCCGCGCGCUGCGGGACCUCGGCGACCGGGUCCGCGUCACCAGGAUACAACAGGGCGGCGCGGAGAGACUAUGGGUGCUCAUGCGAGACCUUCUCGACGAUGGCUGCGCGGAGUCGAGGCACACGGCGCUCUGGUUCCUGCGCUGUAUAGCCGAAGGACAAGAGUGUGCUGUGAUGCGGACGCUGGUGUUUCGGUACCUGCGGGAAACUCACGCGCAGCAUGCCGCCGAGGACGCCCCACACCGCCUGUCGUUACUGUCAACACUCACCAACGCCGGCAAGAACAUCGAGUGCUUCGAGGAACAGAUCGGCGAAUAUCUUCUAGAAUACAUGCGCAGCGUCGGCGAAACCGGCCCCGCGGUCCCUGAAAUAUUGGCCUUAGUCAUCAACGUCGUCAAAUACAACGCCACCUACUUGGACGAACAUGUCGUGCACGGCAUCGUGGACGCCUCCUGCCACCUCUGCGCCUACUCGGCCGAAGCCGGUGCCGUAGUGUCCGCCCUGGCGUUACUGGAGGCCGUCGUGGCGUACUCGCUGCUGCCCCGCGCCGCGCUGCCGGCCUUCGUGGGAGCCCUGUGUCGCACCGUGAACCUGGAGCGACACUGUCAAACUAGUUGGAAGCUAAUGCGCUCAGUCCUCGGCGCCGACCUCGGCCACGCCGCGCUCCAAGAACUAGCGGCCCUCCCCGCCGCCGCCGCCGCCGCCGCCAGCAACGCCGACGCGAACAACGCCGCCGCCGCCAGCAACGCCGACGCGAACAACGCCGCCGCCGACGCCGGCGCCGUGCGCGGCGCCGUGUUCUACAUCAACAUGGCGCUCUGGGGUCCCCGCCGCGUGCCCAGCCUGCGCGUGUCGCUGCUGUGUGUGUUACCGGCUCUACUACAGGCGGUGAGCACGAACCAGCCCGUAGUAACCUACGAAGUGAUCCAAGCCAUCCAGAGCCUCGUGACGCGCGCCCCGCCGGACUCGCUCUGCGCCGCCUGGGACGUGCUGCUGGCCGUGCUGGCACACGCGCACAGACACGACAAAAGCCUGGAUCCGCCCAACGAGCUAAUCCACACACGUCUCCACGCCCUUUUAACCAGUAUAGAACAACUGCACGAGGCCGGCCAGUACACUGGAGACACCGGCCAGCUGCUGGACCUCAUCGACUCUAGCGCGCAGGACCGACCGGAAGCAUCAGUGGUCCGCCUCAUCACGCUGCGCUGCGCGACGCUGUCGCCCGGCCGCGCGGACUGGCUGGCCGCGGCCCUGGCGCUCGGCGACAAGUUCGUGCGUCGCGACACGAGGCUCGGCGUCCGCAUGCACGCGCUGCAACAACUGCUCGCCGUCGUCAAACGACACAGGUUCCUGUACGAGGAGGAGGUGGUGGUGGGCGUGGUGGUGCCGCUGCUGGGCUGGUGCGGCGACCCCCCGCUGCGCGCCGCCGCCGCGCGCGCCGCCGCCGAGCUGGCCGUGCUGGCGGCCGGCGACGCCGCCACCGACCUCAUCGACCUGCUGGAGAAGAUAAUGAACCGGCCGUUUGAGAGUGAGGAGCCCAACGAGUCGGACCCCGAGCCGGAUUUGACAGAUGUCAGUCUCGCAGUCUCAGGUCUGCUGGAGGUGUUCCACGCGAAGCUGCUGCUGGCGCCGGCGGCGCACGCGGCGCGCGCCUGCCUCGUGCUGCUCGACCACCUCGACCACGCGCUCAACCAUCCCCGGCACCCCGCCCAGCACGCCACGUGCAGGAAGAAGAUUCUUGACAUGAUUUUCGGCCUCCGAGCGAACGCGUUCAACAGCGUCGGGUUCUGCUACGACAGCGCCGGGAACCCCGUGUACGGGACGGCCGCGCUACGUAUCAAGCCGAUGUGUUCGCCGAGCUUGCUCGCCGAGCCGCUCGCCGCAAGAGGGCACCAUCCGCCGCCCACCAACCAUCCAGUGCCGGGAACGUGCAUCCUCCCAGUGGGUCGCUGCGCGCGCAUUCUGACCCUGGCCCUGAGCCGCGAGAAGGAGUGGUCGGUGCUACUACAUGUGCUCCGGGCCCUGCCGGCCUUGCUACAGUCCAGGGCGCUCUGCGUCGGUCGCAGGGCUCAAGACUUGGACCUGCUGGCUUCGACUCUCUGCGCCAUGUUGUCGGACAGAAGCCUGGCGUUCCCCGAGUGCCUGCGAGGUCAAAAGGUCCUGGUCUCGGAACUGCACGCCGCCGUGCUGCCUUCUUUAGGGGCCCUAGCGCCGUACCACGCCUUCCUCGAGCCAUUAACACAACAGAGGGUAGUGCGAUGUCUGCUGCGCUACGGCAUGGUUUUGCGGACGCCGGCGCCAUACCUCGCGGCUCUGACGCAGUUCACCCUAGAAGCCCGUGACACCAUGGUGAAGCUACUCCCCGAGGUUCUACUGGACCUGUCCAAGGUGUCCGACACCAAGCUCAUCGCAGGACCCAUGCUAGAGUUUCUAUCCACACUAACCCGACUACCGCGAGUAUUCGCCUCAUUCGUUGAAGACCAGUACAUGUCGGUAUUCGCCAUCCUGCUCCCGUACACGAACCCGUCCCGCUACAACCACUACGUCGUCUCGCUCGCACACCACGUGGUCGCCGCCUGGUUCCUCAAGUGCCGGCUCUCUUAUAGGCGGAACUUCGUCCGGUUUAUUAUACACGGUCUACACAACUACAUCAUAAUGCCGUUCGAAGAGCAGCUACACAACUACAAGGUGCACGCGCCGGCCAACGAGGACUCCAGCAAUCGCAAGCGCAGCUCCAGUUUGGGGUCGCGCGGCGUGUCGGCGGCGCCGCUCGGGGCCGGCGCGGGCGCCACGCGCGCCUCCGCCGCCUCCGCCUCCGCCGCCUUCCACGUGGAGCUCACCGAGACCUGCGUCGACCUGCUGGCGCGCUACACCGCCUCCGCCUGCAGCGUCAAGCCGCAGAGGAGCGACGCAGCAGAAUGGAUGUUCUCCGGCGGGCAGUCCAUGACGUGGCUGGUGGGGCACAAACUAGUGACAAUUACCACUGCGGGCUGCAACAUGAACAGCAUCAAACAGGGCAUGUGCGACAGAUGCGCGACGCUGUGCCGGCAGCACGCGGAGAGCGCGGCCAGCCCGCUGCCGCCGCUCGCGCUGCACGACGAACACGCCAAGCUGGUACCGCCGAGCGACGGGAGCCACGGGCAGAAUCACAACAACCUACAAGUCACCAACCCGCCCGAGAUCAAACGCUACAGCAAGCACUCGCUGCAACACUCGCGCUCGACCGACAACUCGGCCAGCUCCUCGCUCUCCGACCGGCCCGACACCGUGCCCUCCAGGUCAGUGGCGAGUCGUACACACGUCAACAACGUUGUCGCUUGCUUGCUUGUGACGUGUGGUGUGGUGUGGCAGCUACAGCAAGCACUCGCUGCAACACUCGCGCUCGACCGACAACUCGGCCAGCUCCUCGCUCUCCGACCGGCCCGACACCGUGCCCUCCAGGUCAGUGGCGAGUCCUACAGCAAGCACUCGCUGCAACACUCGCGCUCGACCGACAACUCGGCCAGCUCCUCACUCUCCGACCGGCCCGACACCGUGCCCUCCAGCUACAGCAAGCACUCGCUGCAACACUCGCGCUCGACCGACAACUCGGCCAGCUCCUCGCUCUCCGACCGGCCCGACACCGUGCCCUCCAGCAGCUACAGCAAGCACUCGCUGCAACACUCGCGCUCGACUGACAACUCGGCCAGCUCCUCGCUCUCCGACCGGCCCGACACCGUGCCCUCCAGCUACAGCAAGCACUCGCUGCAACACUCGCGCUCGACCGACAACUCGGCCAGCUCCUCGCUCUCCGACCGGCCCGACACCGUGCCCUCCAGCUACAGCAAGCACUCGCUGCAACACUCGCGCUCGACCGACAACUCGGCCAGCCCCUCGCUCUCCGACCGGCCCGACACCGUGCCCUCCAGACAAAACUCGGCGGAAUACAACCCCAUAGUAGAGGCGCUCAACAAUUUCACGCAGCGCUUCGAAAAGAUCUCAAAAGAAGUGGACACGGAGGAGGCGGCGUGGUCGCGCGCCGGCGAGCUGGCGGCGGGCGCGUGCCCGUGCUGGUGCGCGGACUGGGCCGAGGUGCACGUGCGCUCGCCCUCCGGAGACGUGUCCUGGCUCAUGAGGGUGCAGAACCAGAUGGGCUGGGAGAACCAGGAGUCGUCACUGCAGGAUAUCCUCGCGCUGCUGGCGCCCGCGCCGGCGCCGCCGUCGUCCGCCUCCAGCGGCAUCGGCGACACGAGCACCAACAAUGCGUCAGAGAGCGAGAGCAGAUCGCGCAGCGGCUCGUCGGCCUCGCAGGCGGCGCACGCGCAGGACUUACACAAGUCUAGUUCCGACUCGGUGGUGGCGGGCGAGAGGAAGGCGCCGCACGCCGCCACGCACUGCAUCGGCCCUCCUCACCAACCGCAACGUAUGAGCACGCAGCCGAUCAACAUCCCCGGGUCGCCGGUGCGCGGCGCCGCGCACGACGACGACAUGCUGCUCUACGUGCCCGAGGGCAAGAGCAGACACCCAGUCCGGCGCUCCAACUCCUCGCCGGAGAUGUCGUCGUGGAAGCUCCCCAGGGACUCGCCCACGGCCCUGGAGCCCCCCGCCGCCGACCCCUCGCUGCUCAUACUACUGCCGGGCACCGAGCCCACACAGUCCCAGUCCCUCCACGCGUCCAAGAAAGCGAACAAGAAGAGCGACAUGCGAGUUUCAUGCGAGGCCAUACCUGAAGAGAUGUCCGGAUCAUCCCCCCUCGCCGCGCCCGUACCACCCCCGCACCCCCACCUCAUGACCUACAACUCCGACCCAGUUUCAUGCGAGGCCAUACCUGAAGAGAUGUCCGGAUCAUCCCCCCUCGCCGCGCCCGUACCACCCCCGCACCCCCACCUCAUGACCUACAACUCCGACCCAGUUUCAUGCGAGGCCAUACCUGAAGAGAUGUCCGGAUCAUCCCCCCUCGCCGCGCCCGUACCACCCCCGCACCCCCACCUCAUGACCUACAACUCCGACCCAGUUUCAUGCGAGGCCAUACCUGAAGAGAUGUCCGGAUCAUCCCCCCUCGCCGCGCCCGUACCACCCCCGCACCCCCACCUCAUGACCUACAACUCCGACCCAGUUUCAUGCGAGGCCAUACCUGAAGAGAUGUCCGGAUCAUCCCCCCUCGCCGCGCCCGUACCACCCCCGUACCCCCACCUCAUGACCUACAACUCCGACCCAGUUUCAUGCGAGGCCAUACCUGAAGAGAUGUCCGGAUCAUCCCCCCUCGCCGCGCCCGUACCACCCCCGCACCCCCACCUCAUGACCUACAACUCCGACCCAGUUUCAUGCGAGGCCAUACCUGAAGAGAUGUCCGGAUCAUCCCCCCUCGCCGCGCCCGUACCACCCCCGCACCCCCACCUCAUGACCUACAACUCCGACCCAGUUUCAUGCGAGGCCAUACCUGAAGAGAUGUCCGGAUCAUCCCCCCUCGCCGCGCCCGUACCACCCCCGUACCCCCACCUCAUGACCUACAACUCCGACCCAGGUUCGGGCUCGGCGCCCGAAGAUGGGCCCACGCCGCAGCCCAUACAAAAGGUGGCGAGCGACAGCAUCGUGCAGGGCGUGGCGGCCGCGCACGCGCACAAGCCGCCCGCCGCGCCGCGCGUCCCCGCCUCCCCCUCCAUCCCCUCCACCCCCUCCAUCCCCGCCACCCCCGCCGCCGCCGCCGCGGGCUCCAUGAAGGAGCGAGACGACCUGCCGCCGCUCUCCCGCUCCAAGCGCUCCAACACCAUCUCCGUCAUGAGCCCCACGAGACGACACAGAGACCAGUCAUCAACAAUAUCGACGUCGUCGAGCGGGCGGUCCACCGCGUCGAGCAACGUGAGCUCGAGCGGCGCCGGCGCCGGCGGCGGGGUCACCCCCUCCUUCGUGCUGCUGCAGCUCUACCACAAGAUGAGCACCUACCCCAUCACCCCGCCCGUGCCAGGCGAGGUGCCCAGCGCGCAGAAUCCUCUCGCAGAACGGCCGCUACUAGUGUCCGGCGUUCAACACGAACGCACCAUCAAGAACCUAGACCGAGUACCGCCCAUCGAAACUUACAAGGUGGGCGUGUUGUACGUGGGGCCGGGACAGCAGGACAACGAAGUAGAAGUGUUGAAGAAUGAAUACGGCAGCGUCAGAUAUGCAGAAUUCCUCGGGCAGCUCGGCACACUAGUAUCUCUAGCAGGCAGCGGCGCUGGUCUCUUAGAAGGAGCCCAGCAACAGCCUCUGUUCCUUAAUCUGGAGCAGGGAGGCAAAGACGGCAAAUACACGUAUGUGUGGCACGACGACGUCAUGCAGGUGCUGUUCCACGUGGCGACGGCCAUGCCGGUGUCCGCCGCCGACCCCACCUGCAACGAGAAGCGCAAGUACAUCGGCAACGACUACGUCUCUAUAGUUUACAACGACUCUGGGGGCGACUUUCCUAUACAAACAAUUAAGGGCCAGUUCAACCUGUGUAUCGUGGUGGUGGAGCCCUGCGAGCACGGGCUCCACCGCGUCCACAUCAAGACCAAGGACGAGCGGAUCCGCACCAAGUUCCUGCCGCACCUGGAGAACUGCGCGCACGUGGUGUCCGACCACUGCGCCGCCACGCUCGCCCGCCAGCUGGCGCUGCACUGUGCUCUGGCGUCGCACAUCUCGCAGUCGCUGUCGAUGGGCGGCGGCUCGGCGCCGUACGCGAGCAACUCGCUGGAGCGGCUGCGCCACAUCAAGCGGCUGCGGCGCCGCGUGGAGGACGAGCGCCUCGCGCACGCGCGCCGCGCGCCCAAGCCCUACGCCCCGCAGGGAGACACGGCGCGCCGGGUCGCCAUGGAUGACUUCAACGACUACACUUAA